AUGACGUCGGCUCUCCAGCUUCCCAACGAACUAUGGCUGCAGGUGUUCAGCUUUCUGUCCUGGAAGGACAAGCUGAGUAUGCGCUGCACAUGUUCUCACUUUAAGCAGCUGCUGGAUGAAUGUCGGCCUCUGUGGCGGGGCUUUAGCGUGGUGCUGAAGGACCUGUCCCGGUACAACCGCGCCUUCUGGCGGAGCCUCGCUCGGAGGCAGCUGGACAGCGUCGCCCUGCGGGGAGGGAAGAAGAGGGACCUGAAGCUGCUCUCUGUCUGGCUGCCUCUGCUCCAGGCUCUGCGGCUGGACAGCUGGAGGGGAAACGACGUCCAGGAGCUGAAGCGGUUCCGCCACGUACACAGCCUGACUCUCACAGCCUGUCCAGAGCCGCUGGUGAACCUGGAGUUCCUCCUUCCUCUGGGUCAGCAGCUGACCCAGCUCAGUCUGUGUAAUGUCCAGCUGGCCUGUCCCCCCUCCCAGCUGCUGGCCAGCCUCUCCCAGCUGACUCGCCUCAGGUCUCUGGUCCUGCACCAUGAUGGCUGUCUGAAGAUCCCGACGCUCAGAGGUGUCCUCUCUCAGCUGGUCAACCUCAAGUCCCUGUCCUGGACCAUGAUAAACUACAAAAGGCUGUCUCAGGACUUCUUCUGCCCGGUCACUGGCCCAGCUGCUGGUGCCUCCCUGCAGCUGUCUGAGCUGCAGCUGCUGAAUUACGAUGCUGCAGUCACGCCGGAAGUGCUGCAGCCUUUGGCCAAUCUCCGCAGCCUGUCGGUCUUCCACCUUUACUCUGUACCCGGACCCACCUGUCACCUGCAGACAUGGCUGUCAUCCCUGCAACAGCUCUGCAGCCUGAGUGUGCACGGAGGGCACCCCCUGGUGGUGUAUGCUGAAUUCCUCCCAUCCUCCCUCCGCAGCCUGACUCUGUGUGUGGACCUUCAGCCUGAGGACCUGCAGGUCGUCUCCUUCAGAGCUCCCAACCUGAGGCACCUGCACCUGGAGCCGUGGAGCUCCUCCUCCAAACUAGUCAGGCUCCUCCCACAGCUGUUCCCUGGCCUGAGGACGCUGGCCAUCAGACAUCAUCACGUGUCCGACGAAGACUUCCUGAGUCUCCAUCAGCUCCAGCAUCUCAACACUCUGGAAGUUCUGGAUUCCUUUUACAGGCCAGAUCCUAAAGACCCGAGCUGGGUCGUCUACAAGUCAAGUCCUCGUCUGCUGCAGCUGAUCUCUGACCUGCAGAAACUGACCAAUCACAAAGUCAGAGUACUCACCAGUUCACACAUAGACCUGCUGCCCUGUGGCUGCGUCUGACUGCAGACCAGGACCAACAGCUCCAUUAAAACGCUCUGACUGUCCAGUGGGACCAAUCAGGGCCAGGUGCAGUCCUACUUCUCAUUCUUCGGAUUCUGAUUGGCUGUGAGGUGGGCGGGUUCUCAGGGUAUUGAUGUUGUGGCUCCGCCCCCUGUGGUCUUCUCCGGUACUGUCCACUCUCAGCUCUGAGUGGGUUUGAAGUUGUUGCCCAACCACAGAGAUUAUUCUUUACUUUGUGUAGGACAUGCGGUUUAUUCUUUAGUGUGCAGUGAAAAAGGAUUUUUUUUCGGUUCUUGCUUUUUUAUCACAUUUUAAAUGCUCACGUCAUCAAAUGAAUCCCAUCAUGAAACAAAGAUGACCUCUGGUGACCUGUCCAGGGUGUAACCUGCCUCUCCCAGUGGCCGUUAGAGAUGGAGCUGUUUUCAAAUCAUGGUUUCAUUUAUUAAGAAAAAAACCUGAUCUUAUGUGAAAAAGUAACUGAAGCUGCUAGUUGGCACUCGAGAACAUAAACAGCUUGUUUAAGGUCAUGCCAGAAAAUUUUAAUUGGAUCCAAGUCCAGACUUUGAGUAGGCCACUCCUAAACCUUCUUCUUCUUCUUCUUCUUCUUCUUUUUUUUUUUAUUCAUUCGGAGAUGGACUUGCUGGUAUGACUCAGAUCACUGUCCUGCUGUUUACCCCCCAUCUGUUUAAGCUUAAAGGGGCAGAAUUAGGCAUUUUUCUGCCAUUGAAUAGAAACUGUGUUGCCUUCAGGUGUUGUAAAAGUGCUGGAUAUAUCAAAUAUGUCUUGAAAGAAAUCUGACUUCCCAGUUGAACACCUUGAAAUUGGGCCUCUGUCUCUUUAAGAAGCUCCUACUCUUCCAAUCCGACCCUUGACCUUCAGCACAUCGUUUCUGUUAAGCUGUUUACAGUCAUUUUAACAGCAGUGACUAAUAGUAACUAAGAUGAGCUCAGUAGAUCCCAGCUCCACCAGGUGUUUACUAAUUGCUGCUGCUAGUCUGGAGGAGCUGAGUGGAAAUGGGCGAUGCUCAUUUAAGCCCCUGCCCCCAUCCUGCCAGUGGUUGCUAUGGGAGAUUCAAGGAUUCCUCAAAAAUACAUGAAAGCAUCAAGGCAACACUCUAGGUAUGAUGAGAGAAUAACAUCAUAAUAUGAUGUAGAGCUCAACAAAGUUGAUUGGAAAAAAGUGUACCCAGCACUGCCCCUUUAAGAACACUAAAGGGAAGAUGUUGCUCUGCAGUGGCAGCUUUGGCCUUGAAACUCUCCAGGAUGUUAUUUCUGUCCAUUUCUCCCCUUGUUGUUGAAAACCCUCUAAAGUGGCUGAAUUAAACCAAUUCCUGCAAAGCAGAGUGGGUCUAAAUUCAUCCACAGCCAUAACUGGAUGUGAUAACCAGUUAUCACAAACACUUGAUGGCAGCUGUUGGUAGUAAGUGAAGGACUACUAGUUAUCAGGCCUGGUGGUGCUAACAGGGCCCGCUGAGUCUGGAUGGUUUUGGUUCCCUUGAUAAAUAUAAUCAUCACAUGGAAGCUGCUUCCUGUAUUCACUCGCUUAUCUUUGAUAUUCAAAUAUGGCAAAAAUACAAAAGCAGAAGAAAUCUGACAGGUGGCAGAGACUUAGUGAGGCAGCUGAGUGGUGCUGAGGUUGGUUGUCCCUUUUGCUCAGUGAAUGUCUGCACUUCUGAUUGGAAUUCAUUGUUUUAUGCCUCACUAUCAAUUUUUUUUUUACAUGUCGGAUUCAUGUUUCCAAUUUUAAUUUUAAACGCAAUGAAUUCAUACACCAACUGUGUGUUAAGUGCCUUGGCCGGUUGGAAUCAGACCCACAACCCACAGUGUCAUGAAGCGUGGUGCAGCGCGGUGCAGCGCGGUGCAGCGCGGUGCAGCGUGGUGCAGCGUGGUGCAGCGUGGUGCAGCGUGGUGCUCGCUGUCAGGUGACGGGGCGCUGACAGUGGAGUCAUGCAGACCUCAGGUGAUCCUGGCAGAUUGUUUUUCCAGAUCGCUCAUCUUCUGCAUGGAGCCGGAAAACAUGGAGCACAUUCAGAGGAAGAUACCUGACAAGAGCUCAUCUAGCUCAUUUCUUCUAUGUUUACCUCAUCAAAACAAACAGCUCUCUAGAAGAUGUCUGUUUUAUUCAAUAUGCUAAAGAAACCUGCUAGUGCCUGAAGUUUUAUGUUAUACUUUUUAAUGUUUUUAAUGAAGAACCUUUAUGUGCUUUGUGACUGUUUUUGUUGAAGAUUGAUUGCACUGGUUGCAGUUUUUGGCUCAUCACCGAUGUUUAAAGCGCCUGGCCUGCCGGUUUGGCCCAACACCGAUUGUUUUGUCUGAGAAGUGGCCAAGUGAUCCGCAGUGGCUGUUAACCAUCAACAGGUGGAGCUGCUGGACCGCCGGCCGUCUGUCACAGCAGAUCAACAGGAGACAGGCUGGUUUUCAGAGGAAGACCAGAUCAGUUUCUCACACAUCAACUGGUCUCCCUGAAUGAAGGAAAUCGGAGCAGAAACAUCUGUACUCACCUACUGGGUUUGUUCUUUUCUUUUUUUGGCUCCUGCUGAAACCCUUCCCAGGAAUAACCACCAUAGUUGGGUAUUUUAUUUUGAAAGUGUAACUGGUUACAGUUAAGUUACCCCAUUUAAAAUGGAACAGUGGCAUUUAAUUAACUUUGAAAAGAUAUCUGAUUACAUAUUUACUUUUUAAGUCCUUUGACCAGCCACAGGUGGGUGGAUGGGAUCUAAGGUUCUGCUGGUAGUGUUCUACAGGGCUGGUUGAUGUUUCAGUAUCACAGCCUUUCAAAUGACUGGUCUGUUUUUUUCUUCUUUGAUUUAUUUUUAUUUCGGAAAAUAAAAUCACUGGGAAGACUCAUUAUUUUUUCUUGACAAUAACGAGAUCUUUCUAGAAUAUGUUUGUUUUCAUCAUCAGUAAAGUAUUUUAUUUUUGUCUAUCUAGAUCUUGUAGAAAGAAAAACUAUAUUUUGUAAAUAUUUCUACUGUGUGGUUCUGGUUAUUAUUUUUAAGUAUGACACAUUUUGACUCUUGUUGUGAUGUGUACCUCACACCUCUUUACAUCUUCUUAAUGAAGGAACCCUCAAUAAAUGUGGACUUUUUAACUGUAGCCCGUCCUUGUUUUUUUUUUAUUUUUUUUUAUUGUGCUUGGUUGGUUCUGACAAAAUAAACACUUCAGUUCAUUAAUGAAGUUACAAAGAUCAAUUCAAUUACCUGGUCUCUUAUAGGGGCAGUAUUACAUUAACUUUUAUUUUAGCUUUUUUUUUUUUUUUAUCUAGUUGUGUUGAACUGUCAUUUUACUGCACUACCAAAUCCAUAAAAAUGUGUUUAUUCUUUUCUCCAGUGAUGUGUUGGCAGUUAUCAGUUCAACCCUGAUUUUAAACAGUUUAAUUCUCAUUUUUGGCUUUUUCAUUUUGCCUGGAGUUUAAUUCAUGACUUAUCUGAUCUGUUUA